GUAUCGCUGCUGUUGCGAUCAACGAGCAGGGCUAAAAACGUUUGUUGCUUUCCACAUCUGUGUUUCUCCGUGUCUCUCCGUGUCUUCGGCUUUCACAGAGUCGUCUUGCCACUUUCGUGCUAUUCCGAUCAGUGUCGAGAGGCAUCGGCUACACAUCGAGACGAAAACGUUCCUGCUGACAGCGGCGGUACGACUACGCGCGACUGCCGGAUGGCGCCGGCAAGCGUCAGCUCAGCGCUGCUGCUUUCACCGACGAUUCUCUGUGGCUUAAUUCUCCUCAGCGUCGCUCCUCGCUCAGCGUCCAAGUAUCACCAGUGUUGAGAGGUGUCGGUUUAGCAUUAUUAAGGCGAAUACAUUCCUGUUGUGAGCACCCGUGGCUGUGAAUCAGUCCGUGCGAUUGCGGAAUGGCGUCGACAUCAGCCACUGUCGGCUUGCCGCCAGAUUCUCAAGCACCCGUCGAUAUCGGAGACAAUAGCACAUACAGCCACCCAAAUGGAGUCACUGCUUGGUGUGAAGACAUGCGGGAGUGGCCAAAUGUGAAUGCGGCAGAUAUUAUAUUUUACCUCGUGAACUCCAAGGCAUGUGAUUUUCAACAGAUCAAAAACUUCAGGGCCCUCGAGUCCUAUAACUACGUGCAAAGUGGGUGGGUGGGGAAAGUUUUCACUCACAAGAUCUCGAGUGACUUAUGUUACGUGAAGGGCACGGUAAGCCCUUCUCAGUCCCUGAAUGCAACACCAAGGACUGCUUGGGCGUGCGUGAAACAAUGCGGAGAAGUUGUCACAGCCGGAUGCACUUGCAUGGCCGGGCUAGGAAAAGCCUGUAGCCACGUCGGUGCAAUCUUAUGGAAAAUAGAAAUGGCUGUGGCAAAAGGCUAUACUACAACUUCUUGCACAGACAGGGCUGCAUUGUGGAACAGUGGCACAAAACGCAAUGUUGAACCAGCCACGCUUGAAGAAAUAACUUUCAAGGUGCAGAAGCAGAUUGUGGAUGAUCCCCUCCCAAAGCGGCAAAGACCAUCAUUUGUGCCAAUGACCCGAGAAGAAAUCCGCAAAUUUCAUGCUGAGUCACCAUUUCCAUACCUAUUUGAUACCCCAGGCACUCUUCUCUAUGAGACGUUCCAUCCAAGCAUGCAGCGGCAAGUGCCUCCACCACCAGCCAAUGAUGGGAAUGAGCAUGGCGACCACGGAAACGAAAGCUGUGCGGUGUGCACUACAUUUUAUGAAAAGUAUGUGGCAUUGUCACCCCGUGGUGCUGAGGUGCUUCAGUCAGAAACUGCAAGCCAAGCAACGCCACUGUGGUUUUUUUCGCGGAAGCUACGUUUGACUGCCUCAAAUGUCAACAAGGUACCGAAAAGAGAGACUACGGGAUGCGAGAAAGCAGCCAUGAGGAUGCUUUCCACCAGCUUUUCUGGCAAUGCUGCCACCAAGUAUGGCAAACAGAUGGAGCCUGUUGCCCGAAAGCAGUUUUCAAAAAAGACUGGGCUUACUGUAAACCAAAUAGGAACAGUGGUGAACACUGAGCUGCCGUGGCUUUCAGCUAGUCCGGAUGGAAUUAUUGAAGGAAUGGAUGCCAUUCUUGAAAUCAAGUGUCCCAACAUGAAUGACUGUGUGCCACUUAUCAGUAGUGGCAAGUAUGAUGUGCGGCUAAACAAAGAUGCCGAACUUGUACUUCAAGAGAGUGGGCCAAAUGGCUAUUACAGCCAGGUCCAGUUUCAGAUGCUCUGCACCAAGACCCAGAUAUGCUUUCUUUAUGUAUGGAGUGUGGAAAAUGAUGUCAUUGUUCAAGUGCCUUUUGAUCCCAAGUAUGUGUCGCAGACUUUACCACGGCUGAAAAAAUUCUAUUUUUCAGAGCUACUUCCUCGCUUGUUAGAUUCACACACCAGUGGCAAAAUGGAUAUACUUCAUCGAUAUAAGCAUAUUUGCUCAUUAUAGUUGAAUUCACGCACUUAUCGACAUUCCUAUUAUUAGUGAGAAGCUUUGCCGCAAUUUGAACAAAGUGACCGUUCCCCUUACCUCUCUUUCUCUGCGUACGGCAACCUCGCAUCG